AUGGAUCUGAGCAUCGGGCAUGAUGAGCAUCUAUCCUUCCCGGGUGAGACAAAUACUGCUCACCACACCUCUGCACCUCCUGCCCUUCCCUCCCACAGCCCAAUCCUGAAGCAGGGUCUUGCGGCUGGCUUUAAGAGGGUGUGCCGGACAGAGGAGGAUAGCCCAUGCCCGUUUCCAGGGCUGCUCCCAGGCGUCUUGGAGAUGCGAGUGAAAGAAGGCAGUAAGAUCCGCAACCUGAUGGGCUUCGCAAUGGCAAGGAUGCAGUGUGAAGAAGGAAACAGCAAACAGGUUGGCCUGAGGCAGGUGGUGUUCACCGGUUCAGGCCGAGCAGUCACAAAAACCAUCACCUGUGUCGAGAUAAUGAAGAGGAAAGUGGGUGGACUCCACCAGCUGACUAAACUGUGCUAUAAAGGUGUUCGAGAGGUGUGGGAGAGUCAGGAAGGAGGCGGUGCUAAAAUGACUGUCCACAGGACUGUGCCAUCUAUUAGUAUCCUUCUCUCUAAGGACCCGUUGAACCCCCUUGAGCCAGGAUAUCAGCCACCUGAGAUGCAGAGUCCGCUCUGGGAGGAAAGACAUGAUAGUGAUGCAGUGUGUAGUGAUGCAGGAAAAAGGCAGUUUGACUACACUGUCAUACAGAGCGAAACAGAGUCCAAAAGAUUCUGUCCUCAAGGUGGAAUCUCUAUAAAUUAA